UUAGUUUUGAUAAAAGACACACACAGGGCCCUCCCGGCCCGUGUAGCUCCAAAUAUAAGGCGAGUAAUUCCUAGUGUACGGUUUUAUAUGGGACAAACCUCUGAAUACCGAUCAGCUCGUCCUGACAUCCUUAGACAAAUAUGUUCUUUCUUAUUCUCUUUAUUACUCCUAGUUAAAGCUUGUGAAGAUCUGGGGUUCACGUGGGCAAAAGCUUGGCAUCGGUACUUUUGUGGUGUUAAGUAAUUUUUCUCCCUCAUUUAUUCAACCAUUAUGUUAGAUCAGUGUGAGGGGAGUGCACAAAGCACUGUUAACCUCUGGCAAAUUUAUACCAAAAUUUGGUCGAAUUUGGCACGAAUUAAUACUCACACCAAGUUUCACCCUCGAUUCGAGAACCUGCGCUUCCCAUUCCUUUUUAUUUAAAUGUGUAUGUUGAAAGGAAGGUUGUGAUUUAGGCCACCUCUAGAAAUGUUAGGCAAUUGCAACUAUCCUGUGGGACCUAUCUUUCUCCUGAAAAGGAGGUAGGUUUAUUGUUAUUUGCAUAGUGACACACGGGGUUGUAACUAGACACUAGGGACUGCAGUGGUGUACUUUGUCCCCAUUGUCAAUGCUAAGGGCAGUUGUGUUGUCAAUACAAUGCAAUUAGGUUCCAUCACUCUACGCACAUCAGCAUGCUGUAAUUGGGCAUUCCAACUGUUCUUGGCAUUUCUUAACAUCUAAUGCAUAGAAAUCUUGCAUGUUUGUAGCAUUAUGAAUAAAACGUUUAUUUCUAUCUGCUCAUUAGCUUUUAGAUGAAAACACUGUAUCUUCUAGUUGGAAUAGAUGAAGGACGUUGUGCUAGAAUUUCAUUUUUUCUAGUUGUAAUAAAGUGUAUGAUAAAUUUAGUUUAUGAUGGAAUUAUGGUCAUGGCAGCUAAUUCUCGUGAUUAUACAUCCACUCAAGUCAUUAGAAAUGUUGAGUCAUGCAAACUGCAUCAUUGAUUUAAGUGAACUCGGUAAAUGCAGAGGAUCCCUAUCCUUAUCAACCUGAAGUGUUGGGGCCAUUGGGCUAGUGGUGAAAUCUAGCAGGUUGAUUAAUUUUGGGCUCCCAAUCCACACAUCAAUUGCAGGCAGGACCAAGCAGAAAUGGGAUGCAAGCCAGUGGAACGCAUCCACAUUAUUGGGGGUUCAUCUACAGUAAGUCCUUGCACUUCAUAUCAACCAAGCCCAGGCGCAUCUUUUAACCCAAGCCCUGCUUCAUCCUCCAUUCCCAGCCCCGUUUCAUCCUAUUAUGCUGCUAAUGCUAAUAAUACUGCCGAUCCUAGCUCACUCAUCCCGUGGCUCAAAAAUCUAUCUUCUGGGUCCUCACCUCCUUCAUCCAAGCUACCCCACCAUCUCUACAUCCCUGGGGGUUCUAUAAGUGCUCCGGUCACCCCACCAUUGAGCUCACCUACUGCCCGCACUCCUAGAAUGACGGGUAACUGGGACGAUCCAACAGCUGGUUCAGCAUGGGCUGGGCAACACUAUGCCUUUCUACCCUCUUCUACACCACCAAGUCCUGGUCGUCAAACUCCACCUGAUUCAGGAUGGCUUUCUGGUGUUCAAACUCCUCAAGAUGGGCCUUCAUCUCCCACAUUUAGCCUUGUCUCACCUAAUCCAUUUGGGUUCAAAGAGCCAUUGUCAAAUGGGGGGUCUCGUAUGUGGACCCCAGGGCAGAGUGGAACUUGCUCUCCUGCUGUGGCUGCUGGUUUUGAUCAAACGGCCGAUGUUCCCAUGUCGGAUGCAAUUUCAGCUGAGUUUGCCUUUGGCAGCAAUACCAAAGGACUAGUGAAACCAUGGGAAGGAGAGAGAAUCCACGAUGAUUGUGUUCCCGAUGAUCUUGAGCUUACUCUUGGGAACUCUACUACCAGAUAAAGAGGUGCAAAUGAAGUAUCCAAGCGUUCACUAAUAUGGAUCUGCCUCUGCGCAAACUUCAAUUACCUCUCUCUUGUAUCGACCAUUCUAAAUAUGGUAGUAUUCUGGUCCAUUGAGAUACAGAGUAGAGCCUUUUUUUGCUUUCUUUUUCCCCACAUCAGAAGAAACAAUAGAUUGGAAUAUAAAUCGCCUGUUUUGUUACCUCUGCACCUUUUAUAUCUCUUUGCAGAUUUUCCUUCAUAUAUCUUUCUUGCAAAUUCUUUCUAUUCUUUCUAAAUGUUGCACUAUAACACCUGCUUACUGGGGUGUGAUUAUGUUUUU